CCUUGCUCAGGGGCAGGGUCAUCGCCCGGUGGCGUGGCUGUGGUCAGCCGGAGGUGGGUGUGUUUGCGUAUUUGGGCUGGACCAUAGUCACGUGGCAACCGGCCUGUGUGGGCGUGUCCACCCUGAAUAGCGUCCCCGUUCCACACAAAAAAAACUGAGGGAUUGGGGUCACAACACGAAGGGCGCGCGCAGAAGACUCCGCUCCCUUCCUCGUGCCCGCGGCGGUUGGCGCGCCGGCGCACUGGCUCCUGCGUUGUCAGCGCGAACGGGGGGAAAGCGACGGGGUCUUCCUUCAAGCGCCGCGGAUCAUGGCGGCUCCCUUAGCGCAGUUCGACGAGGACUGGCAGGAUUUCUAUGAAUUCAAGGCGCCGCCGGCCAGCUAUCAGCUGGACCAGGUUAACUCCAACGGCGUCCCCGGUACGAGCGGCGACUGCGGGACGCUGGAGCACUGCCUGGAGGAUUUCUCCGAGCUGGACAACUUCUCGGGGGAGAUCGUGAGCUUCAAGUCGAUGGAGGACCUGGUCAACGACUUCGACGAGAAGCUGACGGUGUGUUUUCGGAACUACAACACCAACACGGAGAACAUCGCCCCCGUCAAGCCUAUCACCGAGGAAAGCAUCAUGAGGGACGACGAGAUUUGGAAUGCACUGACUGAUAACUAUGGUAAUGUAAUGGCCGUGGACUGGAAGACAUCGCACACCCGUGCUUUGCACCUGCCUACAUUGAAUCUGUCAGAAAAGGCGCUGAAUGAUAACAUUAACCUGGAUCUUUCUGAUGAUGAGGAGCUACGAGAUCAGUUGGACAUGCAUUCUAUUAUCGUUUCUUGUAUAAAUGAUGAGCCACUCUUCACAGCUGAACAGGUCAUCGAGGAAAUAGAGGAAAUGAUGCAAGAAUCUCCUGACCCUGAAGAAGAUGACACACCCACACAGUCUGACCGACUUUCCAUACUAUCCCAGGAAAUCCAGACACUCAAAAGAUCCAACACCAGCAAUAGUUAUGAAGAACGUGUGAAGCGAUUGCCCAUGGCUGAAUUAAAUGAGCUUCUGGAGGAAAUUGAGACUGCAAUAAAACACUAUUCUGAGGAGCUGAUUCAACAGUUAGCAUUGCGUGAUGAGCUAGAGUUUGAAAAAGAGGUGAAAAACAGCUUCAUCUCGAUACUUAUUGAGGUUCAAAACAAACAGAAGGAGCAUAAGGAAACAAUGAAGAAGAAAAAGAAACAAAAGAAUGGAACCCCACAAAAUGGAAAGCAGGAGAAAAGUCAUAUGCCAGGAACGUAUUUAACAACAGUCAUCCCUUAUGAGAAGAAGGCUGGACCUCCAUCUGUAGAAGAUCUUCAAAUUUUGACCAAAAUCCUUCAGGCAAUGAAGGAAGAUAGUGAGAAAGUGCCAAGCUUGCUGACAGAUUACAUUCUGAAAGUACUCUGCCCAACUUAAAGCCAGCACUUUGCCAUCACACCAGAGGGGCAUGAAGAUUGCAUUCUGGGGUAAUUCCCUUGAAGAGAAAAAGCACCUUUUAUAUUCCCAUGCUCCCAGUCUAUUAAUUUUCCAUAACCUUGAAUAUUGUGCUAAACUUGUCUUUAUUUAAUCUUACUAGUCCUUGGAGAGUAGUUUUAUCGCAUGGCAGUAAAGAUUUCUCUUCCACCCCUCCCCCUACUUCACUUACCCUUUGCAGUGGACCAUGUUAGACGACUUGCCUGCAGGUUCAAGUGUUCCCACCAUGCCCCAGUGUGAACCCAGCUGGCUGUUUUUACCAGCGUGUAGAACAAGAGAACAGCUGUACAGUUUUAACCAUGAGUAUUGUAUUAGCAGUGUAAUAUCUAUUUUUACAAUGUGUAGGAUCUAGAGAAGUUAACUUUUUAUCAUCAAGGAAAACUGUUCAAGUAACAGUGGAUGUAAAUAGGCUCAAGAAUUUUAACCAAACCCAUAAAGCAGCAAACCUGUAUAUUUAUUCCAAUUAUGCUAAUUUUCGAAAAAGGGAACAAAUAGUUUAACUGCACUACUGACACAUCCUGUCACAGCACGGCCUCUUUAAUACAGUGCUCCCUAAUAGCUCCUCUUUUGGGGUUUGAAAUGAGUGCAAGGUUUGAAAAUGGGAAUAACAGCCUAAAUUGCAGUUGAGUGUAAAAUUGUGAAAAAUGGAAAUCUGUAAAUUUGUGUGACCUGUUUUCAGGCAUCCUCCCACAGAUGAGAAUGGAGGCAUGCAUUGGUAAUAACAGAGGAGCUCAUCUGCCAACAAAUGUUUUUCUACCACACAUCUCUAUUUAGACUGAGAAAUGCAAAUAUUUCGUAAAGAAUUAGUUGAAUUGCUAUCACAAGCUCUUUUGAGCUGGUCAUUCCCCCCCCCCUCCUCCUCUUUAAAUUUCCCUCUUUUUAAAAUAUAUUUUCAUAGCAAUGUGACCUUAAUACUAUGGAUAAUGGCCUCCACUGUGUUUUUUUGUUGUAUCUGGCAAAAAAAAUGUGUUUUGAAAAUGAUUUUUUAUUUGAGGAGAGUAUUAAGUGUUGACCGAAAGCUGGGGUAGACCAACAAAAGCAGGAGGAUUGAUCCUUAAAUAACAUUAAGUAUUAAUUGGCUGCAUUGUGUUUUUGUUUACAACAAGAAAAAGAAGAAAGUUUGAUUUGUGCAUUGUGCCAGGUGUAUCAGGAUACUACACAACCCGAACUGGGCCCAGCACGCAGGCUUCUGUUUGAUGGAUCAUACUGUAGAAUGUUUUGUAUUCAUCCUGUGUCUAGGUUCUUCAUUAGCAGUCUAGUUAAAUUAUAUAUUAAUGGUAGAAAUACGAUAUUAUUGUGAAUGUGCUUAGUCAUAUGUAAAUUAAAGGCUGCAUGCUAACCAUGUAAAGUAUGUAUGUGCUGUGGUUUCAGUUAAGAUGCAAUAGGAGUUAUUUUAAAGUGGUGUUGUACUUACCCUUUUCUCAAUUGUCUUUCCUUUCUUUGCCUUCAUUGCCAGUAUUAUCAACGAAAAUAUCAUAACAAAAACCCUAAAUAUGACUCCAAAUCAGUACACAUGAUAUUGAACUGCAGUGCAUGCAGCAGUUUUGAGGUACAAGUCCAGUUUUGAUGCAGUUGCUUGCAGGUUUGGAUGAUGGCUCCAGCUAUCUGGGAAGCCAAGUCUUCUCUUUGUACUGUACCAUCACAUGAGAUUUACAGAAUGGAGGAAAGUGGACAUGCACAUAGUACACACACGUUAAACGAAGGUAAUGCCGCAUUAUUAGGACUGCCUGAUCAGUUAUUCUGAAACCAUGCUGCAACUUAUCACCUUUUGACAGUCCUCAGAGUCUGUUGAACAAGGCAUGCUUGUGUACACACAUGCUGUAAUAAUCCAGUAAUUUAGGAUGGUUUUCUUUCUAGUUGUGAAAUAACUGACCUUGUGGCAAUAGUGUUAAUUUUCAUGUAGAAUAUUGAUAUUUUUUCAGUGUCAGUAAUCUUAAUUUAUUAUUCCUGUAAUUUUGGCAGCUUGUAAAGUUUGUGGCAGUAAUUUUAUUUCAUAAUGCAACUCUUUGAGAACAAAUAAACUUGA